UCAUUCCCUACUUCCAUGCACAGGACGUCCUCCCUUAAGCUUCAUCAUGCAUCAGGUUCCGUUCUAUGACUUCGUUGCCUUCUGGUCACACUUCACGCACUUUUAUCCAUGUGGAACAACCCAUAGCCCUGGGUUAGCCGCAUUCAGUCGUUCUCUGGGUCUGCACGUGGGACAAUAUAAGACGCCUCGCAUGGUUGUUCUUCGCUCUCAUCUUGAAAUCGACAGGACUUGCUCUGAGUAGCGCUUUUAGCUGAUUACUCUUUCCAAACCAUACGCAUAUCAGUAAGUUUUUUCACCUCAAGAGACGGGAGCAUCAUGCGACGUCAUCAUCAACAGGGUUACGCAUUACCAAUAUUGUGCAAAUUCGGAGAUGGGAGCUCUAAAGGAUAUAUUUUGGAGUCUGUCGAAAGAUCGAUUUUGCAGAUUCUGGAGUCUGUCGAAAGAUACAAUUGGGCGAUUUUGGAGUCUGUCCAAAGAUACAUUUGGGAGUCUGUCCGCAGGGAGUCUGCCCGAAGAUAAAUUUUGGCCCAGGAGUCUGUCCAAAGAUAGAUGUUGGGAUCUGCUCAAAAAUUGUAGUCAACUCAUCGUCAGAAUAGACGGACUCCUGGAAGCAGAGACGGCUCUUGAGAAAGCCAGAGAUGAUGCUGAUGCUGCCAGAGCACAGAUCGCCGAGCUCAUCAGGUCGAAUCAAGAAACGCAGGAAAGGGCUAUGGCGGCUCAGCAGGCCGCUGAGCAAGCUGCGGUAGCUUCACAGGAUCAGGCCCGUAGGGAAAUGGAGGCGAUGGUCCAGGCUGCACAGGCUGCCAAUGAUGCCCGCUUACUGGCAGAAGCUGCUGCCCAUACCGCUAAUGAACAAGCGAAGCAAAAAGCAGUGGAAGCAGAGGAGGAACGUAAGCGAACUGCCGCUGUACAAGAACAAGCCAAACGAGACGUCCAGGCUACCCAGGAGCAGGCUGAGAGACUACAGGAAGCUGCCGAUGAGGAGAGGAGGAGGGCGACUGUAGCCCAGAAGGCGGCCAACGUGUCGAAGAAAGUGGCAGAAGAGCAAGUAAAGACGGCCAAUGCUGCCAAGGAGGAGGCUGAACGCAAGUUGAAAGAAGGCAUUCGACCUGUGGCGACUCCCUCUCCUGAAGAAGUUAGCGCCGCCAAGCGGAAAGUUCAAUAUCGCGAGGACCUUUUUCACUUUGCAGUAGCCGGGGUGGCAGGAGCAGGGAAAUCAUCUCUCAUCAAUGCCUUUUGCGGUUUACGCAAUAAGGACCUCAGAUCUGCUGCCACUGGUGUCACCGAGACAACGCUAGCCAUGGCUAGAAUCCCUCACCCCGACGCGGAAUACCCCCUUGUCUGGUACGAUAUCCCAGGUGCAGGCACGCUCAAAAUCUCAGAUUGGCAGUACUUCAAUGCCCAAGGACUCUACGUCUUCGACUGCAUCAUCAUCCUGUUCGACAAUCGCUUCACUAUGACCGACAUUGCCAUCCUCACCAACUGCAGGCGUUUCCGGAUCCCCACGUAUAUCGUGCGCUCUAAGGCAGAUCAACACAUUUCUAAUAUCAUGGACGAUAUGGCGAACGAUAGCGAUGACGAUGACGGUGAUGAGAGCGAGGAUAAGAAGAAGAAGCUUUACCAGGCUGCACGGCAGCAGUUCAUUCAGCAGACGCGUAAGAGCGUGAAAGACAACCUUGAGGAUGCGAACAUUCCGGACCAAAAGGUUUACAUCGUUUCAAAUAAAACGAUGAUCGGUGUCGUGAAGAGCAAGCAGGCAGUGAAGGUCAUCGACGAGAUCGAGUUGUUGAACGAUUUGAUUCAAGAAACCCAGACUAGGCGAGCACGUCGUGAUGCCGAAGUGGACAUUAUUAUGAAUGAGAAGUGGUGGCUGAUGAUAGAGAUCUUUAAGUCAUUAUAUUGCUUCCUUCGGGCUCUUACCAAUGCUGAUGUUGAUCCGUUCUCGCCAUGACCAUACCGCUUGUGACCGAUCUUGACCGCAGAUUUGCACAUACAGUACCUUCUUCCCAUGUUUCUUCCUCUGUGCUGAUAUUAUUACUCCUCCGCGUGUUCUUACUACCGCUUACUAAUGACUACUAUAGGUUCGAUGGUCAGAGAUUUGCCAGUAACCCGGUGAGGGAGCUCAAGACUCGAGAGAUCCGGUAAUGUGAUUGUAUGCCGGCGUUGUUCCAGGAUCCGACGAAGCCCUUCCUCAUUCAAGUCCAUUCGUCUAAUCAAACCUCCUUCAGAUGGUAACUCCAUACGCCCUAACAACGAGGAGGAUUGGGGGCUUAAGGCACUGGGGGACUAUUAUCGUCUCGGUCGACUGUGUAAUGUGUUAGAUGAAACCUAGCC